AACAUUAUCCUCCAAAUGUGCAGGCGAUGGAGUAUGUCCUCGUCAACCAUUUGAGGAACUUGUAGAUUUAUAGAGAAAGAAUACUGUUUCCAUCAAUUUUCUAGUUUUUCUUCAGAAAUGGCGAAAUCAAUUAAAUUCUUUGAGUUAAACACAGGAGCCAAAAUCCCCUCUGUUGGGUUAGGCACAUGGGCGGCUGCCCCUGACGCCUUUGUCGGAGCAAUUACCACAGCUGUUAAGGUUGGAUAUCGACCCAUUGAUUGUGCGCAAAUGUAUGGUAACGAGAAAGAGAUUGGUUUUGCUCUGAAGAAGGUUGUUGAAGAUGGUUUAGUGAAACGUGAGGACUUAUGGAUCACCUCCAAACUUUGGAACACUGAUCAUGCACCAGAAGAUGUUCCAGAGGCAUUGAACAGAACUUUGCAUGACCUGCAACUUGACUAUGUUGAUCUGUACCUUAUCCACUGGCCCGUUAGCAUGAAAAGGGGAGACUCCAAGCCUGAAAACCUUAUCCAACCAGAUAUAGCAAGUACAUGGAAAGCAAUGGAGGCACUCUAUGAUUCUGGCAAAGCUUGAGCUAUUGGUGUUAGUAAUUUCUCAUCAAAGAAGCUUGAGAAUCUGUUGGCAGUUGCACGAGUUCCUCCUGCUGUUAACCAAGUGGAAUACCACCCCAUAUGGCAGCAAGAAAAGCUUCAUGCCUAUUGUAAAUCCAAAGGAGUUCACCUAUCUGGAUGCAUACCAUUGGGUUCUCCAGGUUCAGGAAAAAAGAUCGAGGUUCUCCAGAAUCCAGUUCUCAAAAUGGUUGCAGAGAAGUUGGGCAAGACUCCUGCACAAGUGGCUCUUCGUUGGGGGCUCCAAAUGGGUCACAGUGUACUUCCUAAGAGCACAAAUGACGCAAGGAUUAGGGAAAAUUUUGAUGUUUUUGAUUGGUCCAUUCCUGAAGAUUUGCUUGCCAAGUUUUCUGAAAUGGUGCAGGAGAGACUAAUUAAGGCUUCUGACUUUGUACAUGAGACUUAUGGUGCAUAUAAGACCAUUGAAGAACUCUGGGAUGACUAAUUGUGAACCAACGCUGGAUUUAUGAACAUUAGAAUUCUGUUUUUCUGCUGCUUUGGUUUGGUCAAAACAUAAUUUUCAAUGUUCUGGCAAGCAAUUCAAUUUGCAUUGGGUAAACUUAGCUACUGGAAAUGCAGAAUGAGUAAAUGCUGUAAA